AUGCACGGCAAGAGGAUCCUAAAGCUGCUUCAGAAGAUCUUCAGCUGGUUGCCCCUGGCAACAGUCAUCGAUCAGAAAGUGUUGAUCCUGCAUGGGGGCAUCUCCAACACCACGGACCUCUGCCUCAUAGCCAGAGUGGACAGACACAAAGUGAGUGAGACUAUCUCUAGACAAGUGUGGUUUCUAUCAAUCUAUCAAUCAAACAUAUGGGGGCACAUUCACUAUACAAACCCAUGAAGAAAAGGGAAAAUGGUCAAUUUGCACUGACUGACAAAGAGCACAGAUGUAAAUGUUAAUCAAUUAUUUAAUAUAAUUUAAACAAUGCCUUUGUGUUCUCUCUCUCUCUCUCUCUGUCGUCUCUCAGUACGUGUCUGCCCUGAGGCCUCCUAAGAAGAGGACACAAUACCCAGUGAGCCAGUCCUCUGUGGACUCGGACAUGGAAGACGACCUGUCAGGCACCAAGAACAACCAGCGCCGGGUCUCCCUGAUCAAGGCCAACAACUUCGGACCCCGGGAUGGCUUCCAGCGCCGCUCACUCCAGGACUUUUCCGGCAGGGUCCCCCGGACCGUUGACGAGGAGAUAGAGGUGCGGCGGAGGCAGUCCAGCUUCAUCAAUGGCGGCUUCAGCCACAGUCAGGGGGAACUCAACAACCCGGCCGUCUCCUCGGUGUCGCAGGAAUCCACCGACACAGCAGACACUACCGUAGAGGAGUGGAAACAGGUGAGGACCUCCGGCUGGGGAUGUGUUGUAGACUAGAGAGGUGGUUUGGUGAACUGUGCUCUGUGAUGAGUAACAGUAACCUUGUCUGAGACCAGACGACUUUAGCCUUUAGCUCAAUCCAGGUUCGAUACUCGGUCAGUUACUCAUAAUUGGUUGUUAAACACCACCUCAGGACUAGGAGUGCUCUAUUGUCAUGAAUCUUGCCCUGGAGGCAGAACUGAGCGAUUUCUGCUAGAUCAGGUGUAAGCAACCCUGGUCCUGGAGUGCCACAGGCGCUAGAUGGACCAGCUGCAAAGUCAAAAUGUUAUUUCAUAAAAAUAGCAGUGUGGUUAAGGUUAGGGUUAAGGUUAGGGUUCGUUUUUAAAUCAGGUUGUAUUACUUUAUGGCUGUGCCAGCUAGUGACCACUCUGCAGAGCUGCCUCCAGGGCAAGACUCAUGACAAUAAAUGCCAACCUGCGUACAGUCAUUUACUUAGUCACUGGUAGACAGACUGUAAGACAGAGGACCAUUAAUCCGUCAACCUGAAUAACAAUCUUGUUUUCCAAUUUACCAGCCGUCUUACAAGCAGACACGUUUCAGGACAAGCCCUCGUUUUACAAGAGUAGCCAACUAUAUUUUGUUCUCUUCCAUUUAACUCAUUGGUGAAGGCUAAUGUGUCUUACAGUACAAUAGUUAUUCAACUGAAUCCAUCACAGUAUGUUAAGGAAAAUCUGUCUCUUAAAUGGUGAAAUGAUUAUCGGCAGUAUGUAGUAUAUACUCUGAUUUAAUAUAAGCGCUGGCUAAAAGUAGUGUACUAUUUUGGGAAUAGAGUGUCAUUUGAGAUACAGCCAUGGUCUUCUCACCUCUAUAUCUACUUAUAGCCCUAUACCAGUCAUUUGUUUAUUGUCAUUAUGAUAGCCUAUUGUAAGGUCUUUGGGUCUGACAAAAAUGCUCAUAAUUUUACGAUGUAUUAUUAAUAUGAUUAGAUCCUGGACCUACUGUGGAGUGAUCCCAUGUCUCAGAACGGCUGCAUACCCAACGAGGUGCGGGGAGGAGGCUGCUACUGGGGGCCAGACGUCACCCGGGACUUCCUGGACAGACACAACAUGCAGCUCAUCAUCCGCUCCCACGAGUGCAAGCAGGACGGCUACGAGUUCUGCCACAACCGCAGGGUGAGAACAGUCAGGCUAAAGGUGUCUAAGGGUUUACAUAGGAUGGGUAAGACUAGGGCCCGUAUUCAAACAGUGUCUCAGAGUAGGAGAGUGGAUAUAUUACACUUUCCCCUGUCCAUAUAAUCCUAUUCAUUAUGAUCUAAAUUGCUAAACUGAUGUCAGAUCAGCAAUACUCUGAGACAUGACCUGAUCAUAAAACAUUCUAGACCCUCAUUAUACGCUAUAACUAGGGCCACAAGUUAGUCCUAGUCAAGUCAUGUGGCCAGGAACAACUCCUAGCUUUGGUAAUGGCAUAUUUUGAAUGGUAAAUCCCUUUUAUGCCCACUAUGCCCACUGCCCUGUCGUGACAUAGGCCUACACUACAGUAUUUUCUCAAUUUGCAGAGGGGAGCAGUUGCUCCACCAUAUUUUUGAGCUAAUAUUCUAUAAGAGGAGCUCAAGCAGUAGAACAUUUGAGGUGCCGGUAAUCAGCUCCGGUGAGCUCCUGCCCAAGUCAACACUGGUUGUAAAGCUGCUCACUUGCUUUAGUCAGCCUAAAUUUGUGUGCUUUGAAAGUGCAGUACGAGAGGUUUCUGGAAACUAAAACACUGCUUUUCACUGUUUGGUAAUUCUGUAUUGUUUACAAUUUGUACAACAGGUCCUCACUCUGUUCUCUGCCUCCAACUACUAUGAAGUGGGCAGCAACAGAGGGGCCUACGUGAAACUGGGACCAGACCUAGUGCCUUAUUUGAUUCAGUACCAGGCUAGCAGUAUGACUCGAGAACUCACCCUGAGGAAAAAGUAAGCUACAACAGACAAUUAUUUUGAUUAAUAAAAUAUAGAUUAUUAAAUUGACGAGGACAGAGUUUGAUCUGCUCUCCCUGUCUGGACUACAGUGUGGGGAAGGUGGAACAUUCAGCCCUCAAGGUCCUGCGGGAACAGUUGUUUGCACACAAGUCGGACCUCGUCAUUGCCUUCCAAGAGUUUGACAAAGACAAAACAGGUGUCGUAUCAAUUGACAUAGCCAUGAUCAAAUAUUCUUCCAAAGGAUUAAGAUUUAUGUGAUUGAAUCCAAUUUACACCCUUUACUCGUUUAUACUCAUAUUUCAUGAGAUAUAAUAUCUUAUUUUGUGGUAGUUUUUUCGGGGGGAAUAGAUCAGCUAUGAAAUUAGCAGAUACAAUUUAAGUCUAUCAAAUAACCUAGCUUGCAUCCUUUUGGAUCCUUUUUUUUUUUACGACCCCCUCCCCUGGUUGGAGGACUUGGUGGAAAACAUUAAAAUUCUCUCUCUCUCUCUCUCUCUCUCUCUCUCUCUCUCUCUCUCUCUCUCUCUCUCUCUCUCUCUCUCUCCCUAUAUAUAUAUAUAUAUAUAUAUAUAUAUAUUAUUUUUUAUUUUUUAUAUAUAUACAGCAUACUUUCUUCCUAUUUGUAUUUGUACUGGAUAUAUACUCAGAUAUAAUAUAUUGUGGAAAUGUGAUCUCACCUCUUUGUACUGGGUGCUGAUCUUUUUAAUCCCCAUCCCAACAAAUCUUGGUAGUAAAGUUAAUGUUAAGCAGUCCCCUCCUCCCUGUCUCCAACACAGGGCAGGUGUCUCUGAAUGACUGGGCUAUUGCGGUAGAGAGUGUGCUGCGUCUAGGCCUACCCUGGAGGAUGCUGCGCUUUCAGCUAGUCACCUGCAAGACCCUGGGGGGCAUGUUGGAUUACCAGGAGUGGUUCCAGGAACUCUCCAUAAAAGAGCCACAAAUGGAGGUAAUGGCAUGUUACAUCUGUCAUUUAACUUCCAUAUUGAACAUACUGAUUAAAUCCUUGUGGAUGUACAUACUUCUGUCCCAACAGGCUAAUUGUGUUUGUGUGUCUUGUCCAAGCAUACGUGGUUAUAUAGCAUUCUGUGGGAACACACCUGUUAUGUCAUGACGCACCUCUUGAUUCAAAACCUGAUGCCAUAGAAAAUAAUGGGUGUCAUUCCAUAGAGUGUUCAUAGACAACUCUCCCCUUGAUUGCCUAUUCAGCACAUCGAUCAGGGUUUGCUGGAGACCCUGUACCGUCAUCGCGCCACCUUGGAGACCAUCUUCAGAAUAGUGGAUUUAGACAACUCAGGUAACAAUACUCAUCAUUCCAUGUAUUGUUUCUUCAGGUGAAUGUUUUGAUCCCACAAGACAUGACAUCAACUACCGGUUACCUGUGUUGACUCAGUUAUUAGUUUGGGGCGCGUAGUUUGCAUACGUACAUACAUAAGUACACUCAGACACAUGUCGUACUUAUUGAGGCCAACCUCCCUGUAAUCUGUCUGUGGGGUGUUAAAGCUAACUACAGCAGUAGGUGGUGGCUGAUUUAGGAUUAACCCACUGGUCUUCUAGUGUCACAUCCAACCAACUGACGCAAGCCCUGCUACCUAUCCCUCCCCUCUUCCCACUGGCUCUCCAUCUCUCAUCCCCAUCUCUCCUCCCUUCCCUUCUCUCCUCCCUCUCCUCUCUACCAUUCUCCCCCUCUCUCCUGCCUCUCCCUCCCCUCUCCCUCCUGUUGUGGCGUGACUUUCAUUAUUGUGAUGACUAUUAUUUAUUGAAAAUUACCUACUAUGUUUAAUAUUUACUAGAUUAAAUUAAUCAUGUAACAGUUAACUCAUUAGGAAUUUGGGGCACCAUGGGAAAAGUUGUUUAACGAGUUACCGUUUCCCGAGUUCACUCUAAAGAUAUCUAGAUAUCUCUUAUCGUGGUCCUCUGUAGCUCAACUGGUAGAGCACGGCGCUUGUAACGCCAAGGUAGUGGGUUCGAUCCCCGGGACCACCCAUACACAAAAGAUGUAUGCACGCAUGACUGUAAGUCGCUUUGGAUAAAAGCGUCUGCUAAAUGGCAUAUUAUUAUUAUUAUUAUUAUUAUUAUUAUUAUUAUCAUUUAACAGUCAUUUAUUAAUCAUUUACCUCAUAUCAGUCUCAUUCUGAAAGUCGUAGUCUCUUUAAGUCUGCACGAACCCGGGUCUUACUGAUCAUUCCGUACCACACAAAUUGAUUAAAUUAUUUAUUUACUAACUAAUUAAAAAUGAUAACACAAGAUACAAACACGUACAUGGUAUAGGUAGGGAUUUGAAACUUAAUGCAAUGAAAACGGGUCCCUAGCGGACUAACACAAUAUGACACUUGUUACAAAAGAUGGCGAGUUAGAGAGAGAGAGAGAGAGAGAGAGAGAGAGAGAGAGAGAGAGAGAGAGAGAGAGAGAGAGAGAGAGAGAGAGAGAGAGAGAAAGAGAACACUUGGAUACACAAGGACCUAUGCUCACAGUAUUCCUAAUACUUUGCCCCGAACUGCUGCCCGUUUGGGAAGAAAAGCAAUGCAUGUAUUUACGUGUCUUCGUCGUGUGUCUCUGUUGCACCCAGGCCUUCGUGGGAAGGGGUCGAUUGGACCUUCUCUUUCGGAUUGGCCUUUUAGAUGUAAGGCUCAGAUUGUCCACAAGAGGUCACAAUGUCAUUCUUCUUAGUUGUCUGUUUACUUUCACUCGUUCUGGAAGUGGUCUUCUGAGGACGGCUAAUCAGCCGUGUCGAUGAUCCCCUGUGGGGUGAUGAGAGCAGUGUAGUGGACGAUGGUUUGAAGAGAGUAACAGAAUGGUCCCACUUAAAUUCACCUUCUUAGAUACAGUACUUAGAACAGCUACUCAGCCGUAACAUUGAUUGUUCGUGGAGGCAACUUUUUCGUCUUCACCUCAUGUUGAUUUUCAGGGUCGGGACCAAUAUGGACAAAAGGUGCAGCUUGAGGUCCGUCUAGUCUGAUCUGAUAAUUCUUAUCUCAAUCUUUUAUGUACUCUGGUAAAGAGGGGCAUUUCCGUCAUACUAACACGCUCUCUGAGCUCCCUCGGGCGUGGCUAGUUACGAGGCAAAAGUAUUAUCAUCACUAUGAUUUUGUUAGAAAGCUCAAAUCACAUUCCUAUCUUCACGAAAACAUUGUCUUCCUCCUUGAUACAACGUAUAGGAUGUAAACCUGAUAUCCACAGUGUAAAAGCUCUUCAAGUCACAAUGUUUUUGUUAUAACGCCUUUAUACCAUUUUUAAUGACAUCACAAAAUAUACAUUCAUUUUCCAUAUUCCAUUUCUCAUCAUUCCCAACGUUUGGAUGUUGAAAUAUAUUGUCCCAAUGUUCAUUGUUGGAUGUUGAAGUUUUUGGGCGGCUAAAAGUAUCUGAAAGAACGGCAUUCCUUUCACCAUGCUAGACUGCCAGAGAUAGAUUAUCCUCCUCUCUAAUUUAUGGCAGUAUUAAGGUGUCAGGACCGGCACAGCCCCCCUGUGGGUAAGAGGGUGUGGUUGUUGUCGGCCAUUUGCCAAGCUGACGUGAGGCCUUUGAUCCUUACUCAGGGAGAGUCAUGACACUCCCCUCUCUCUCCCCCUCCUCCCUCCUCCCUCCAGGGUUCAUCACAAUGGAGGACUUCCGUCAGACAUGGAAGCUGCUGAGUGCCUUCUUAAAGAUGGAGAUCACUGACGAGGCCAUCUCAGACCUGUCCGUUACCAUAGACACCAACCAGGACGGCAACAUUGACAUCGGUGAGUUCAUGGAGGCCUUCCGGCUGACGGACAAGAAGAGCCGGCUGGAGAGGGGAAAGAGCAUGUUUAUGGGGACCGCCACUGACCUGACCAAACUGGAGGGGGACCCCAAUAUAUGA